AUGCGUCUCGCAACUCUAAAGAAUUGGGGGAGGGGUCUUUUCCAUUUUUGUAUCUGGGUUCAAGAGAUGAGAGAAUUAAGAAUACCUACCAGAAAGACUAAUCCAAUCCAUAAUGAUGUACCGGAAAAUACAACAUUUUUGUUGCUUGACCAACCGUCAGGAGAAGAAAAAACAACAGGUACACUAAUUAAUAAGAUUGACGAAGUAGCAAUUAAUGCAAAAACAGCCAAUUGGAAAGCAAUAGUCAUGUUUUUAAUCCUCCAAGCUACCAACAAAAGAACUAUACCAUUUGAUCCCUCUAUCAGGCAAAAAAAAACGCAUCAUGGGGGGAUUAUACCAUGA